ACAGCCAGCGGCUGAGGGUUGGGGAGAAGGCAUGGCCCAGGUUCAGAAGCACAGGGGUGGUGGUGCAUCCAGGAAGACGGGGGAGUUCGAUGAGCUCCCCCUACAAGAGGAGGGUGUGGGGGAGGGAGGGCCUCCGGAGACUGCUCUGGGAUGUGAGACCAGGCAGCGGAAGCAACGCUGGCCCGGAGCCAUGACGUCAUUCUCAGCCCUUCCUGCCCAGCACUCCCAGGCCCCCAGCCCCAGGCGUCCUUAGGGCACGCAUCUCACUGCCAGGUGGGCAAGGUGGGCGAAGGGGCAAGUAAGGCACUGGGCCCGGAGGGCGGCAGCCCAGGCUGAGGGGAUCUCUGGUGCACGCCCCCAGGGGGCUGCAACCUAGCGGGAAGGCACAGAGGAGUAGGCUCUGCAGAGAGGCUGGCUGGUGUGCAAGCACCGUGACCUUGGGGAGGCUCCCCCACCUCCCACGUGUCCUGGGGCAAUCAGUGAGUGAUUCACUUUGCCCUUCCACCGACCAGACCGACCAGACCGUCCUCGCGUCACAGCAGUGUCACCAUAGAAGUCUCCCCCUCACUCCUGGCUGCCAGCCUGCAGGAAGCAGGGCCUCGCCUGCCUCUGGGUGGGUGGGUGGGUGGGCUGGUGGGGGCUCGGGAGCAGCUGUCUUCCUAUGGGGAGAGAAUGCUCUUCUCCAGCCUGCAAACUCCUACCCCUUCACUCCCUCACAUUCAUCACCGUAGCAGGCCUGGAAGACCCGGGUGGCGCUGACUCAGGGCUGGGUGGGUGCAGUCAGCUCCCUGGCCACCACUUCCUUGAAGUUUGCUCAGUCACCUGGAGGGGGUGCCUCCAAGCAGUCUGCACCUCCACCAGGCCUGUCUGCAUCGCCAGCCUCCGUUGGCCCUACCAGUCUCUGCCAUCAACCUGAGGGCUCUCUGAGGUCCCAUGUCAGGCAUCCACAAAUGCUGGACCCCAGAGAGAAGAAAGAGCUGCUGGAGGACCAGCUUCGCGGGGAGACUGGAUCAAAGGACCAGAAGUCUCAGCGGCGGCCUGCUUCCCCCAGCAGGCGGCCAGACAGUGACCUAGAGGUUUCGGUUCUCGGUUCUCCUGCCCCACAGCCGGGUCCCAGGCCUCCAGGGAGAUGUCUCCAGAGCUACGGUGGCCCCCGGGGCUCGAGUGCCGUGGGCUUCUGGGAAGGGACCUCACCAAGGCAGCAGCUGGACCAAAGCAGAGCUUGGACGACUCAGCCCGGCCAUAACCCUCCGGGAGGUGGGAGAGCUAGAGCUGAGGAAGGAGCAGGUCCUGUGGUGACAGGGACCCCAGCGCUGAUGCCAGAGGCAUGCCGUAUGCACUCACAACCCUCUCACCACAAGGCCUGGGGAGCCAGCGACUGCUGCCGGUGCACGACAUGGACUGAGAGGCUCCUGGGAACAAGAAAAGCAAGCUAGAGAAACGGUGGUGAAGAAAAUCAUUAAGAGGAGAAGAUACACUUACAGUACGGCACCAUGCAAAAUCUGCCUAUUAAAUGGACCCCGCGCAGUUCAAACCCGUGUUGUUCAGAGUCAAUGUAAUGUUAAGAAUGCCCAAUAAAUGCUGGCUGCUGGGACAACCA